AUCAAUGUCAAUCAAAUUCUGGACAAAAUAUCAACAAAAUGCCUACCUAUGAUGAUCGUAAAAAAACAGUCAACUAUUAUGGAGUGUUUACCCUUUGGGCAUCGCUUCUAUUAUUGGCAUCAUAUUUUUCAUUAUUUACAAGCGGAUGUAAACAAGUAGCAACAAUGGAAAUACAAAUCAGUUUAGCUGUUGCAUUUGUAUCCGGAAUAUUAAUAUUUUUAUUAAGUUUUUGUAAUAUUGCUAGCCGUUUAUAUCAUUCAAAAUUUAGUUUCUAUCUGAUUGUUAUUACAUUAUUGGCACUAUCAACAUUAUUAAUAUAUCAAUCAUAUCAAACAUGGAAUCAUGAAUGUAAAAUUGGUCGUUAUUAUGAACGUAAUAAUCAACUAUUUGAUAAUAUGACUGUAAAAAAAGAUGAAUUUGAAAAAACAUUACUGGCAAUAUCAAAAAAACGUAAUAAUCAUUAUAAUGUUUCAGCAUUAUUGGAUCUUAUUGCUGCAAUACUUUUUAUGGCAUCUGCUUAUGCAUUCAGGUAUCGUUUCUAACCAACAAUAACGAUACGAAUAUAAAUAUAUGAUUUAUAAUCAUCGAAUACAAUUAUAUUUCGAAUGCAAUUCAUUUCAUUUCAAUCAUUUCAUUGGUCAUCAUCAU